UUCUGGUGUCGUUUGUGAAGGGGUGGAGCCGUUGGGGAGGAGGGUCGGCAGGGAAAGACGACUAAAGACAGGUCUCCCUACACCGGUCCAGGGGCCACAUUUGCAGCGUGCCCUUCUGUCGAGAACCUGCUCCGACGUCAGGCCGAGGCCAACCGUGUGCUGCGGAAAUGGGCUCUGAGCUGGAGACUGCCAUGGAGACCCUCAUCAACGUGUUCCAUGCCCAUUCGGGCAAGGAAGGGGACAAAUAUAAGCUGAGCAAGAAGGAGCUGAAAGACCUGCUACAAACCGAACUCUCUGGCUUCCUAGAUGUCCAGAAGGAUGCAGAUGCUGUGGACAAGGUGAUGAAGGAACUGGAUGAAAACGGAGAUGGGGAAGUAGAUUUCCAGGAGUAUGUUGUGCUGGUGGCCGCUCUCACAGUGGCUUGUAACAACUUCUUCUGGGAGAACAGUUGAGCACACAGUCGGUGGGCUGCGCCCUUCCUUUCCAACUUGUCAAGACUUUAGCCUGCUUGCUCCCCAGCCCACCUGUACCUCCCUAUGUCCCCAUCCUGCCCAGUAUCAACAUGCACCAAGGGCGCAAGAGUAGCAGUCUAGAUCUGCCACUUGUUUUAAUAAAGCCUUCUCUCUCACCAACUGUCAA